GGAAAGUCGACUCCCUGAAUGACCACAACGAGAUGCUCAAGGAUUAAAUGAGGCCGUGGUGUAAAAAAAAAAAAAAAAAAAAAAAAUUUGAGAGGAUAAUUAAGAAAGUUUAAAUAAAAGAUUGGUAGUAGGGUCAAAUCAAGCCUGCCGAGAUGAUGAAAGAAUGCCUUCAGUUUCUCAUUGAGCCUGCCAAGAAGCUCAAGUUCAGUAUUAAGGAGACCCGAAAGAGAGUGAAACAUGUAAAGAAAGAGCCGUUAAAAGAGAGUCAGUUGUUUAUUAUGGAGCUGGCACGAGAACUCAACAGGAUUUGUCAGAGAUCAGAUAUCCUGGCUCACAUAUGGAUGGGAGAGGAUGUAUGGCCUCCGCACACCUGUCGAGAGUUUAUUGUGGAGACCGCCAACAUUCUGGAGAUGAAGGAAAAUACAGAGAAGCCCGUGCAGUUUUAUUCUGAUCUACAUCCUGAAAAGCUGGACUGGAAGGGUAAUUUGCUCCGCAUGCUUGAACAGGGAGGAGAGUAUGACAUGGGCCCCUCCAAAAGGGUCAUUAUGGACUGGACGAGAGGACAACGUAACCGACACCCGCACGGGAUCUGGCCAGGUGAGGCAGUGUUGAUGAUGUUAGGUGAUUUGGAGUUGCAGUGGAAGAAGGGUCAUCUGUCACAUCUGCAGUCUGCUGUGGAGCUGCUCAUAUGGGUCGUGCUGGGGGAACAUCUGGACAAGGAACUCAUUCCAAGACUGUGGCUGGUACAAAAACAAAAGACACAAAAGAUCGGUUGCACUGGCUACAUUCCACACACAGUGUGGAACUGGAUAUCUGAUGCUACAGUGGAGGUGACCCUUGACCCAGAAACAGCCAACCCUGCCCUGGUGCUGUCUGAAGACUGCAAGCGUAUGCAUUGCGGUCUGGAGCGACGUGAGGUUUCCAGCAGUCUUCGACGCUUUGACGGUUGGUGGUGCUGUCUUGGCUCAGAGGGCAUCUCUUCUGGUUGCCACUACUGGGAGGUAGAAGUGGGCAACCGUGAUUGGCGUCUCGGGGUGGCCAAGCAAUCGGCCCUCUGCAAAGGCUAUGGACCACUCAACACUCAGAGUGGAUACUUUACCCUCCGGCUAGAGAGGGAGUCGGAGCUCAAGGCCCUGACAGUUCCAGCUACCUCUCUGCCCCAGUCACUCAUCCCACAGAGGGUUGGAGUCUACCUGGACUACGAUGAGGGGCAGCUGUCCUUCUAUGACACCCAGAGGCGAGCGCACAUCUACACAUACAGUGAAAGAUUCACAGAGAAGCUUUACCCGUUGUUUGGGACGGUGGAGAUGGUGCGAGACCUGGUGAUCAGGCCUGCAGAUGUGAGGGGGCGAUGUCUCUGUAAGGGCCCGUGCUUGUUCUGAUUAAGCACAUAAAGCAAGAUUGCACCGUUCUCACACACAUGCACAUACCUUGUGUGAAUCCUCACAAUGGACUGGGUUUCACUAAUCAUAAUUGUUGCAACAUUACGUUUCAGAAAUAAUAAAGAGAAAUGAAAACAAUUAAUCUGCAUUUUGUUGCAUGCAAAAUAAUAGCUCAAAUAUAUAUAUUGCAUCAUAUUUCUGUUGUAAUGAGUAGCUUCAGAAAUGUAUUAGUUCAAAUAGUAAAACUCAAUAACUUGUGAUUAACUGGAAUGGGUUGUGCAGAUUUUGUGGAUUUCACGGUGCUAUUCAAAGGGAUCACCUUUGCUAUCCAAUUUGAUGCACCUGUUUUGGUGGCACUCCAGAUUAAUGUCCAUACUGCUGGUUCAGUUGGGUUGUGCAGUUUUGUAGUACUGCAUAACCCUCAACAAUAACAUGGCCAUGUCAGACACAAGAAACAGACAGUGGUUCAUAUAAGAUCUAUCUUGCAUUUUUCCUGAAACAUUUGCAUAGCUGACAAUAAGUAAAUCUAAAGCAUAAUUGCGCAGUUGUUAUUAUUAUUAGACAGUUACAUGUGUGGCUCCAAACUAGGCUUUGUACAAUGAGCAAAAAGUGUCUCGUAAAGGCUAAAGAAAGGAUUUACAUUCACAAUAAAGAAUUAAAAUGGGACGGCAUGUUUUCUCUCCAGUCAGACACGGUCAAAGAAAAUUGACAGAAAAUUCAGUCAUCAUUUACUCUCCCUAUGUUGUUACAAACUUGUAUGACCUUUUUUUUCUUCCAUAUGCAUAAAGUUAGCCUCCGUCACCAUUCACUUUCAUUGUAGGAAAUAAAGAUUAAAUGAAAGUGAAUAGUGACUGAGACUAACAUACUGCCUAAAAUCUCUUUUUCUGUUCCAAGGAAGAAGAAAAAAGUAAUACGGGUUUAAACAACAUGAGGGUGAGUAAAUUAUGACUGAAUUUUCACUUUUGGGUGAACUAUCCCGUUUGGCUUUUUUCCAUGUGCAGGUAAUGAUAAUAGAUGCUAAACAAUUCCAACAAGGGCUAAUUUAGUCAUACUAACCAUAGCAUGAGUGCUAUUAUUGAAUCAAAUGAAUUCUUGACUUUGCAGAAACAGAUAUUUUAAUCAAGUCUUGGAUUUAAAGACAUUC